AUGGACUCGAGCCUGCUCGCUCAGAUCCAGCAGGGCAAAGGCCUCAAGAAGGCCGUCACCGUCGACAAGUCCAAGCCCGUCGGCGCAGGUGCCGUACUCGACGAGAGCGGCGGCGCACCCAGUCGAGGUGCUCCCGCCGUCCCUCGCGCUCCUCCCGUCCCUGGCGGUGGUGGGGCUUCGGCGCCCGACGACACCGACAGGCCGCCUCAGCUCGCCGGCAUCUUUGCCGGCGUCGGCAUGCCCACCCUAAAGAAGACGGGCGCCCCCGUCGCGAGCUCGCUUGGCGGAGCUCCUCCGCCUCCCGGGCGUGCAUCGCCGGCGCCGCCCACUCGACCCCCUGUCGCUCCCCCGAGCAGGCCGCCUGUCGCACCGCCGAGUCGUCCUCCCGUCGCUCCGCCUGGUCGACCUCCCGCAGCUCCGCCGAGCAGGCCGCCAGUCGCUCCUCCCCGAGCACCGCCUAGCGCGCCUCCUCGCCCGCCAGUCGCUCCUCCCCCGCGACCCGCCGCUGCGCCACCGAGCCGUCCCCCUGUCGCACCGCCGCCUCCUCCUGUCGGCCGCCCUUCGCCAGGCGGCGGACCCCCACCUCCUCCCCCUCCUCCCCCUCCGCCUGCACCCGGGAGUCGCGCACCGCCCGCCGCACCGCCGCCUCCUCCUCCUCCGCCAAUGGGCGGGCAGAGCGCGCCGCGACCGCCGCCGCCGCCUCCCGCUCGGGCGAGCCCUGCGCUCCCCGGCCGCCCUGUGCCGGCGCCGCCGCCGCCGAGGGCUGUCCCUGCACCGCCGGCUCGUCCGUCGCCGGCUGUGCCGCCCGCGCCGCCGACGCCGAGUCGGCCCACGCCCGCACCGCCGACUCGCAAGGCGCCGCCGGCCGUCCCCGACUCGCUCCUGAGCAACUCGUCGCCGGCCGGAUCGUCGCCGCCUCCCCCUCCUCCUCCCCCGCCUCCUCCUCCCGCACCUCCCGCACCUUCGCGACCGCCAGUCGCACCGCCUGCACCGCCGUCGGCCGCUCCUCAGCGAGCGGUCCCGGCGCCCCCUCCGAGCCGCGUCCCUCCCCCGCCCAGGCCCGCCUCGCCGCCUGCCGCUCCGGCGCCACCUCCUCCUCGUGCACCACCUCCCCCUCCCGGUCCUUCUCCUGCGGCCGCCGCGUCGAGCGCGCCGCCUCGCGCACCGCCGCCCCCUCCCGGUCGCGCGAGCCCGGCCGCUCCGCCGCCUCCUCCUCCGCCCGGGCGCGCCCCGCCGCCGCCGGUCGGCAUGGCCCACUCGCGAACGAGCAGCACGGCGUCGGCUGCGCUCGGCCAGGCGCCUCCUGCGCCCGCCGCCCCUGCACCGGCUCGCGCGCCACCGGCUCCGAGCAUGAACGGCGGCUCGGCCCUCUCGCGCAUCCCCUCGCCCCCGUCGGUCCUCGCCCUCCCCAACGCCCCGACGCGCACGUUCCCGCCGUCGGCCCAAUUCCCGGCCCCGAGGCCGUUCGACGCCGGGCAGGUCAUGGGCCGCAAGAAGCUCAGUGGGUGGGACUACCGGGCGCACAUUGGCUGAGGGCGGUGCGCCGGAGUGGACGAGCGAGGUGGUCGAGGAGGUGGACGAGGAGGAAGGAGCGAGGGUGGAAUUGAACGGCCGUUUCUCUGUCU